CUGUGACCCCGGAAGCGGAACUCCUGAAUCGUUGCCUGUCUUCCGGACGCUGUGCGCUGCUCACGGGCCUGAGGCCUCGGUUGUUUUCAUUAGGGGGACCGCGGGGUUGUAGUUUUCCAAUGCGGAGCAAUGGAUGAUGAAGAGAAUGAGAAUCAGCUGAUCAACUAUAACAGCUCAAAAGGGAAGCGGGCACAAGUGAUCGCAAGUGAUGAUGAUAUUGAAGAAUCUGAUGAUGAACCAGGGAGUGAGGAGGAUGAGGAUGGGGAGGAAGAGGAUGGUGAUGAGGAGGAGGAUGUAUCCGGGUCUGAAGAAGAUGACGAUGACGAUGAAGAAGAUGGUGAGGGGGAAGAGGAGGAGGAUGAGGAGGACUCAGUGGUGGGUGGCACAGACGCCAAUACAAUAAUAGUAAAUGAUGCACAGAGCUCAGAUGAGGAAACGGAAAACUGUCCUAUCUGUCUGAAUGGCUUCAGAAACCAAGUUGUGGGGACCCCAGAAAACUGCAACCAUUACUUCUGCCUGGACUGCAUUGUGGAGUGGUCGAAGAAUGCCAACUCAUGCCCUGUGGAUAGGAUUGCUUUCACCUGCAUUCACAUCCGAGCUCAUUUUGGUGGUGAGAUCUUGAAAAAGGUGCCUGUACAAAUCAAAGGAGCUGAAGCGGAGGUGGAAGAAGAUGAUAUCACUAACUGCGAGGUUUGUGGGCGCAGUGACCGUGAAGAUCGGCUAUUACUUUGUGAUGGCUGUGAUUCUGGGUAUCACAUGGAGUGUCUCACUCCACCAUUGGACGCUGUUCCCGUUGAUGAAUGGUUUUGUCCAGAAUGCGCAGAGUCGAAUCAACCUGAAGAAGAUGCUGACCAUGUGAGUGAAGAAGAAGUGACCGCACUUCUUGCAGAUGUGGUUCCCACCACUAGUCGUCUACGCACCAAUGCGGUGAGGACUAGAGCCAUUGCCCGCACCAGGCAGAGUGAGAGGGUGAGAGCCAAUGUAAACAGGAGCCGCAUCUCUAGAGCACGCAACAUCCGGGAUGUCCCCACCUACCUGACGUCAUCUUUGCUUGAUGAGACCAUUGAAGCUGUAGUUGCUGGCCUCAGUACUGCUGUCUAUCAGCGAAAUUUCACCCCUCGACCAGCAAAGCGCAAAAGGAAAAGGAAAUAUGGGAGGAAGAAAACAACUACUCAGUUGAAGGGUACUAAAGGCACUGGAAAAAAACGAAGGCGACGAGUGAAGCGACGGAAAUUUCGGAAGCAAACGGCCAGAAAGCUGCCAACCACUCACAGUCGCAUUGCUAAAUCCCUGGGACUGUGCAGCCCAACGCGGGGCACAUUGUUACCUCGAAUACAGCACGCUCCAGAGCAUACGUUAGGUUCUAUGAGGCACGAUAUCGGAGCAGCUCCCCUGUCUGUGUUUGGCAGCGCUUAUGACCUAGAUCCAUUUGACAGUUCUGAGGACAAUGCAUUCAACCCUGUCUCCCCGUACACUGCCAAACGCAAAGUUCUGUCUCGUUCUGCCAUGCGAUCUCAUCAGCCUGUUGCUCGUCCGAUCUCCAUGGGAAUGCCACGGGGUGGGGCAGCUCCACCAGCAUCAGAAUCCAUAGCCGUUGCAGAGCCUGUGCCUGAUCUUCUGGGAAGCAUCUUGUCUGGGCAGAGUAUACUGAUGAUGAAGAGUGCUGAUGUUAUUAUCAGCAGGGAUGGGUCUUUAACAGCCAAGAAACCUGGUGAAGCAUCAUUGCAGAAGAAGUCAUCUAGAGAAGUAACACCAGCAAACAAUCAUAAGGAACCAUGCUCCUCACUUUCACAAUCUCCAGCUUCCACCUCCUCAUCUAGUGCAGGGAAAUCGAUUGGACAGCAACUUCAAUUAUCUUUCCCAUCAUCUGGACUUUACUCUCUAUCCCCUUCACCUUCCCCACCUCCAUCAUCUCCUAGUGGACUGGAGAGGCUUUCGCUGCCCAACUCUGGUAUCUCGGGAACAUCUGCUUUCAGGUUAAAGAAUGCUUUUACUCCACGGGCUGUUCAAGUGCAGGCCUCAGCAGCAAAUCGUUCAGUUUCAAGACCUGGGGAGCCUCCCCGUUUCAAUGGGACUUUACAUAAGCUAGAGCCUCCCAGCUCAAAUGAUCAAACACCGUCUAAGAGACCAGAGGUCAAAAAUCCUCUUAAACCACCUUCUAAAAGACUGGACAUUUCAGAGCUUCCUAGAAUACCAAAGAUAAAAAAGGAAAUAGAUGAAAAGUCUAACAAAGAAGUGCACAAACAAUCUGAGACAUCAGUAAGCAUAAGUAGGAAUACCAGCUUUCCUAGUACUUGUGUGAAUCAACUAACUGGACGAGAGAGUCACCAGUCUGGGAGGGUUAACACUACAGAAAAUAGGACUAAUAGUUCACGUCAGGAGUCACAGGAACAACAAAGGCACAGUAUUGGAGAUACUUCUAGUCACACAAGUUCAGGUAGUGGACCGUCUUUACCUUACUCUAGCAGCUCAAGGAGUGUAGGCUCUUCAGAUGUGGGAGGAGGGGGUCUUCGUAUAACAAUAAGUGGGAGUUCUGAGAAUUCCUGUAGAGUGUUCAGCCCAAGUUCAAGAGAUCCUUUCCGUUGUUCUGACGGAAAAACCCAACAAAAAGUUACUCCUGUAUGUACUAAAAAGGAGAAGCCUGUUAAAAAUGAAAUAUAUGAUCCAUUUAAUCCAACAGGUUCAGAUUCAGGCUCUCCAAGCACUAGUCCAAAAAGACAUGAACCGUCUCCUCCACCUUCUGCUAGUAGUGUACCUCAACCUAGUGAACCCUCUCCUCCACCUUCUGCUAGUAGUGCACCUCAACCUAGUAGCAAAGUAGGAGGAUUUCGGAGCUUUAAGUUAACCACCCACUCCAGCAAAAUAGUCUCAAAACUUGGUCCUGUAUUUUCUGAUCUGUCUCCAAAACAUAGGGAUUUAAAGAAUUUCUUAGACUUGAGCCCACUUUCAACUCCUUACAUUAAGGCAGAGAAAGAGAUAAAAAAGGAAGUUCUUGAAGAAGAUGAGAUUGAGCAUACACCUUUCAGAAUAUCCUGCCCACUCUCUGGUUUGAAGAUUACUUCUGAUCUGAAACCCGGAGGUAGUCGUGGCUUCCACUUUGAUCAUGAAGACAAAAAAGAGAUUAAAUGUGAGCUAGAGACUCUUCCAAGCAGGGUCAUUCAUCAGAGUACACUAAGUAAUAGACUGGUGUGGGAGUCAAAAUCUCCAGGACAGUCUCAAUCCCCUUCAGUUAGUAUUGAGCUGGUGAAAAAGGAAAAGACUGCCAAGGAAGAACUGAAGGUAUGCUCACAGACCAGGUCAGAAACAAGGUCCAAAGAGAAGGAUUCAAGAUCAGAGAUGUGUUCCAAAGAGAGAGAAUCCAAGUCAGGGACAUGUUUGAAAGAGAGAGAAUUCAGGUCAGGGACACAUUCAAGAGAGAGAGAAUCCAAAUUGGGUACAUGCUCCAAAGAGAAUGAAUCGAGGACAGGCAGACGGUCCAAAGAGAGAGAGCACAGGUUAGGGACACACUCCAAAGAGAGAGAGUCCAGGUCUGCUUCUUCGUCUUCGGAUGAAGAGAAAGAUAAGAGAUCAAAAAAUAAAACACACAAAAUAAAAAGGGAUCGUAGUGAUGGUUCCAGCUCAGGCAGUUACGAACGUUCCAAGAAAAAAAGACAGAAGGAGAAAAAGAAAGAGAAAAAGAGAAAAAACUCUGAGUCUAAAGAGAGAAAGAGAUCAAGAUCAAGCAGCCUUAGCAGCUCUUCUCAGAGAAUGUAUAACAGCAAGAAAAAGAAAAAAAAGAAGCACAGGUCCAGAUCUGACUCUCGUUCCAUUAGCCCUGAGAGAGAUAGGAGGCGGAAGCACAGAUAUGAAAAGAGUUAUGUUCUUAAAGAGCGGGGCAUGAAAGGAAAAGAAAAAAAAAGACCUAAAGAGGAAAAAAGACCUAAAGAGGAAAGAGAAAAGCAGAGAUCAAGGUCACCACAGAUGCCCAAGGAAUACAAAGCUCAUAAGUCAAAAGAAAAAAACUUUCGCUUCGUUACUGAGGAAAAAUCGCACAGCAUUCUACAGUCAAUUGGAGGGGAAAAGAGCUUUGCCUGUACUCUUACUGUUGAAACAGAAUAUCAGCCUGUCAAAGAAGAAAUAGAGGAGUCAUCAAUACAUUUGCCCCUUGAGGAGGUUGACAGUGACUCCUAUCACUCCUUAGACAAAGUUGCAUUAUUGGAUAUAAAACAGGAAGAGAGUGAAGAUUCUUCAGGUGAUGAUUUAAAUAAUAUGGAAAACAAAAGCCCACCAUGGUCUCCAUCCAUCUUAGAUUCUCUUCUCCCUAAAGAUAAGAGCGAAAAUGUCCAAGAACCUCCACCACCACAAUCCGAUAUACCUGCUUUAGAUGGCAUGCUUCCUAAGGUAGAAGUAAUUAGUCCACAAGAUUCCCCAUCAUCUGCUCUCACUGAUCCUCCUAGUCCAAAGUCUGUCAGUCCCCAUUCCAGCCCUUCUAAAGACAAGUUACCAUCUAUCACCAUUGCAGCUGUCAAAUCAGAAACUGAUGAUCUUCAGUGGUCUCCAUCCCACUUGGAUGACUUUCUUCUUAACGAGCUUUCAGAUGAAGUGUGCUCUGUAGAGGAAGCCAGCCCUGACGAUGUUGACCUUGAAGAGGCCAUCUUAAUGAAACAAGAUCACAAGGAUACAGUAAAUAUCUUUUCUUCUCAAGCGGAAGUUAUUCCUUUUCUACAAGAUGGGAACACAACUGACGAAGAGGCUGGAAUUCCUAUUGAUGAUGUCAAAGAAAAAGCUAGCGACUCUCUAAAGCAAGAAAAUGCAGAUAGUGAAGCGCCUAAAGCAGAUACUUCCGAGGCGUCUUUAUCCAAAACAAAAACUAAUGUCAAGAGAGUUACCUGGAAUCUUCAGGAAGAGGAGAAUUCUGAUACUGAUAAAUCUACAGCAGAUUUGCCUUUUUAUAAGCUUCAAAGAGUCCAAGAAGACCUCUGGCCAGGAUCUCCCAAGGAAACAAACAGCCCACUAGAAACAAUGACUGCUGAUUCCCCAAGCCAAUCGCCCAAUGAGUCUCUGUGGGAAUCCACUACUCUUCCAUGGGACAUUGCAGAUAAACCCAAACCAAUUGUUAGUCAGACACAAUGGAAUUCAGAGGACAGGUCUAGAAAGGAGAUAAAUCAACUGUUGAAUGCAGUAGACGCCCCUAUUCAGGUGUUCCCACAAACCCUGCCUCUGUUACCGCUUCCCCCUAUGUUUCCUACCUAUGCCCCUGUAAGUGAGCCCACAGUGUCCUUUGGAAUGCAGGGGAGCCUCCCACUCCUCGGCAGUGGCGAGAUGCUUAGCCAAACGCCAAAGCCUGGUAGUCUGGCUACUACCAAUGAGCCUAAAAUGCAGGCAGCUUACACUGGUGAAGGAAAAGGGAAAGCAAAACUGUCUAAGAAAGAGGAGAAAGGGAAAAACGAUGAGUACAUGAAGAAGCUUCACAUUCAAGAACGCGCAGUAGAAGAAGUCAAAUUAGCCAUCAAGCCAUUUUACCAGAAGAGGGAGAUAACUAAAGAGGAAUACAAGGACAUCCUGCGCAAGGCUGUUCAGAAGAUUUGCCACAGUAAGAGUGGGGAAAUCAAUCCAGUUAAAGUAGUCAACCUAGUCAAAGCCUAUGUGGAUAGGUACAAGCAUCUACGCAAACACAAGAAGACAGACACAGAGGAUUAUUUAUACACAGGACGUGAUUCACCUUUAUGAAGCAAGACCGACCUUGAGAUUAAAGACUUUAGGCUGGCAGCCUUCAGAAUCCAACAACCCAAUAAUUCUGCAUGGGAGACCAAAAGCCUCAAGUUUGAUGAUUAGUAUCUUACUGGAAGAUACUCAAUCAAAGACACCUAUUGAUUCUCAUCUUUAUUUGACAUUUUUUAACUCUCUGAGGACUUUCUUUAAGAAGUGGGAAAGGAAUGGGGUUUUUUACAUCGUGGCAAAGGUUUAGAUUCACUGGCAAAGUUGUAAAAUUUGUAAUUUAACCAUCACGGCGUUCCAUUUACAGAUAAAGACUGGAGUCCAUUUUGGGACAUUGUUGCCGUUUGCCCUCUGUCGUUUCAGUGUUACUAAAGCCUUUGCUGAAUAAGUUGGUAAAGAAGAUGUUUUUGUUUUGGUUGUCCAUAUAUUUCCUUCCUGUGCUGGAGAUGGGUUGUAGAGGAGAGACAUUAAGCUGCAGAGCAGAAGACAAAAUCUUUUGUCUGUUGACUUUUUGAACAUGUGUAAAGACAAACAUAUACAUAUAAAACUGUUUUAAAUUGUU